AUGUUGCGCUGGUACCAGUCCAAGUUGGCCAAGAGGCCUAUUCUUACAGCAAGCAUCACCAGUGCAGUUCUUUUCGGUAGCGGUGAUGCCCUAGCACAACAAGCUGUUGACCGCCGAGGUCUCGCAAAGCACGACUUUGCCCGUACCGGUCGCAUGGCCUUGUACGGUGGAGCUGUCUUCGGUCCUGUUGCGACCAAGUGGUUUGGAAUCCUCCAGCGUCAUGUCGUCCUCGGAAGUGUCGCAACCACCACCGCCGCCCGAGUCGCCGCCGAUCAAAUUGUGUUCGCUCCGAUCCAGCUCACAUGCUUCCUGUCCUCCAUGGCCAUCAUGGAAGGCGUUGAUCCCGUGGAGAAGUGGAAGCACGCAUUUGGCCCUGCGUACAAGGCCAACUUGGCCGUCUGGCCAUUCGUGCAGGGUAUCAACUUUGCAUUCGUUCCUCUGGAGCUGCGUGUUCUUGUCGUCAACGUGAUUAGUUUGGGUAGGUUUUCCUGUCGGCGUGUGAUUGUCAGUGUUACUAACCAACUCACAGGCUGGAACUGCUUCUUGAGCAUGAUGAACAGCAGCGAGGAAUGA